AUGCUGCAGCCACAUGAUGUUCUUCAGAUCCAGCCGGGCUCUAACGAGGAGGAUGUCAAGGCUGCGUACAAGCGUCGGGCCCUCGAGACACACCCUGACAAGGGCGGCGAUGUUGAAGAGUUCCGCGCCGUGCGCAAAGCCUAUGAGCAGCUACUCAAGGACUCCCCCGCGCGGCCAGCAGCCGCUGCGAGCCCACCGCAGACAAAGCCGACCGGCGUGGCUCCUUUCCCGAGGGGCUUUAGCGAUCUCUUCUCCGACUUCGGCGGCCCGGCGACCACUCCCUUACGCUUUCGAAGCGAACCGCGCAAGAGGAGGCGGACCCUCGAGGAGUCGAUCGACCUGGCCUUCGCCUCCAUCCCUCUUGCGGCUUUCCCCCGCCGGCCACCGGUGCCAUCCCAAAGGCGGAGGCCCAUGGAGCCCGCAAGCCCCCGGGUGGCCGCCCCACAAUUGAGGCCGAUGACCACAGCCGGAGCAAAAACUGCAACGACCUCAACUCCGGCCCCGCGGAGCGAGCGGAGCGAGCGGAGCGAAGGAACCGAGGCCUUCGAGGCUUCGUCUCCGGUGGCAAAAAUGUGGAAGAAGCUGCUCGAGUUGACUCCGGAGAAGCGUAAACAGGCCAUCAGCGGUCUUCCGGCGUCGGCCAAGCUGCAGCUGAAAGCGCACCUCCAGGCGCAGAAGCAAGGGCAGCAAACGGAACAGUCCACGCGAGCGAGUGGAGGCGAGGACUCGAGCUCCUCGGACAGCUCUUCCAGCAGCUCCAGCGAAGGUCUGCCUUUCCCGGCCCUGUCCGACUGGUUCCGAAGCUGCUGCACCCAGCACCGUGCGCCGGAGGGCAUCUUGGAGUUUUUGUUUUCGGCCUGCUCUGCCUUGGCUGCGACGAUCUCGCUUCGAAUGACUCUUUUUGUGGCUUACUAG